CUGCCAAUAGUGGAUUGAACUGAGAACUGAAUGGAAUUCUGUCGCCGCUUACUGUCUGUGACCAGCGGCAUUUUCGUAAUAAACUGAGCUCUACUUUCUUGUAAAUAACCGCUUAUUACUUUUGCUAGUUUAGCUGUGAAGGACCUUGCUGAACAUCGACUAUCAUUAUCAUUAUCUUCAGAAAGAGAAUAGUCAGACCGUCAGCCCCUCAACUGAGGCGUUCAGUAGCAGAAGAAAACAAGACAGCUUGUGAUUUACAAAGGUGGAUUAUGGAGAAAUAUAAGUUAUCGACUCAAUUUUAGGAUAAUUUCCAGUCGAGAGAAAAGAGCUCAAAUCAUCGUGAUGUUUGAAGAGUCAUAGCAAGAUAUGAAGGGAGAGUCUUCAUGUACAGUAGCCGAUAAGAGCUUAAUCUGGAGCCUCAGAAGAUUGGCAGAAGGAAAGGAAUCACCCUCCUCAAUAAGGCCCUAAUGGAGAAUGAGACCAUCUCUUCGGGCUAUGUCCCACAUUACCUUCUUCAAGGAGAUCCCUUUGCUUCCAAGCUGUCCAGGGAGGCAGACAUAGUGGCGGCGUUCUACAUCCUUAUCAUCGGUAUCUUGUCAUCCACUGGAAAUGGUUAUGUCAUAUACACAACCAUCAAACGGAAGGGCAAGUUAAAGCCACCAGAGUUCAUGACGCUGAAUCUUGCGGUGUUCGACUUUGGCAUAUCGGUCACUGGAAAGCCAUUCUUCAUAGUGUCUAGUUUUGCCCAUCGCUGGCUGUUUGGCUGGCAGGGUUGUUGCUACUACGGCUGGGCCGGCUUUUUCUUCGGAUGCGGAAGUCUCAUUACGAUGACCAUUGUCAGCUUUGACCGCUACUUGAAGAUCUGUCAUUUAAAAUAUGGUACAUGGUUCAAAAGGCGUCAUGCCUUUCUCUGUCUGGUUUUUACAUGGAUCUAUGCUGCCUUCUGGGCCACCAUGCCAUUGUUGGGUUGGGGCAACUACGCACCUGAGCCGUUUGGCACCUCCUGCACGCUGGACUGGUGGCUGGCCCAGGCCUCGGUGUCUGGCCAGAGCUUUGUCAUGUGCAUGCUCUUCUUCUGUCUCAUCUUCCCCACUGGCAUCAUCGUCUUCUCCUAUGUCAUGAUCAUCUUCAAGGUCAAAUCCUCAGCCAAAGAAGUCUCUCAUUUCGACACACGGAAUAAGAACAACCACAGCCUGGAGAUGAAGUUGACUAAGGUGGCGAUGUUGAUCUGCGCAGGGUUUUUAAUAGCUUGGAUCCCUUAUGCUGUGGUAUCAGUGGUGUCUGCUUUUGGAGAGCCUGAUUCAGUGCCUAUCCCAGCCUCUGUUGUGCCAACUUUGCUGGCCAAGUCCGCUGCUAUGUACAAUCCAAUCAUAUAUCAGGUCAUUGACUGUAAGAAGAACUGUGCAAAAGCUUCCUGCUUUCAAGCUUGGAGGAAAAAGAAGCACUACAGGGCUUCAAGGUUCUACUCCAUCUCUGCCUCCCUGAAACAGAGAGCAGCCAAUGAAGUUCCAAUUGAGAUAUGAGGAAAUGACAGGAACUCACAAUGGGCCUGUGAUAGGACACUGGGCAAUUUAUUAUUGUGCAAUUAAGACAUCAACAGGACAUUUCCUACCGCCGUCAACGUCACAUAAUCUGCAAACACAUCUCUUAAGUUGAUCUGUGUGUGUAUAAAAAAAAUAAGUGGUAAAUAAAAUUCAGUUUUGUUUUUUAUGUUUUAUUGUAUUCCAGCCUUCUCAGAACCACAAUGCUUGAACUCUAAAGUGGCUUCACUCUGUGUCAAGUCUGUGUUCUGUCUAUUGUUGCUAACUGAAACCGGUCACGAUCACAUCUGUACAAGAGCAUGGUCACAGAUAAACAACAAUAUAUAGAUAUAGAUAUAUACCGUACAGACAACAUAUGUGCAUAAUUAUAUAUUUUUUUUAUCAGAUUGAAUGGACUAUGAUGCACUGAUUCAGACCACUGAAUUUCUUUUACAUUAUUAUAAGAGACGUGGCACGAUAGUUUUGGGGCAUGUGCAAUGAUAAUUACAUCAGAAAUUUUACAUUGAAAUGUGUCCUCCAAAGAUUCAGUUCAUGGUCUUUAGAAUUUCUGUGUUUUCUUUGUUUUAUUUUUAAUCAUUUAACUCAUUUUAACAUUCUUUUUAUAUAGUAACCUUUUGCAUGUUAUCAAGCUGCAGGAAGCCCCUAAGGUUAAAAGAAAGUGAACAGUUGGUGAAUAUAAGUUGUUUACAGGUACUAGUGUGGUUAAAUGUUUUCCACAAAUAUUAUAAACGUUCUGUGGAAGUUGGACAAUAAUAGAAGUUCUAACAGUUAAUAAUGAAGCAAGCUUGGUUUACAAAAAACUUAAAGGGCCUAAAAUGAACGUUCACUGUAUAAUGAUGACUGAUUAGAUAGAAGCUUGUAAAUACUCAAAACAAAAUGUUAGCACAAUGAUAGCUAAUUGUUAUUAAAUGUGAAAUAGUUUACACUUAUUUUGAUGCAGAUCACUAUUUAACCUUAAUGGCAAGCAGAAAUAUUUCUGUUUCUGGAGGUUUGGUUAUGCAGUAGACAUAUUAUCAAAAUUAAAUUGUAUUUAUUUUAUUUAAAUUUUGCAAAGUGCACUCCAUUAACUUGUAUGUAUUUAAAAAACACUUGAAUACACUGUAAAACACACUGUUUAGUGAUAAAAACUAAAUAAACAAAAGCAAAAAUAUCUAUUCUUGGAAGGCAAAGUAUUUAGUCCAGAGUAAUUUUUUAGCCCUUUGAAUAAGUUAACAACAAUUUGAAAAGCUUUUAACCAUGACUGAGUACAUUAAGACAAAUAUUUUUCAGUGAGAGAAAUGACAUUUUUAUGUAUUGUAUAUUAGGUAAUUGUUUACA